AUGGCGGAGCAGUGGGAGCUGGACGAGGAGGGCAUCCGCCGCCUGGGGGCGCUGCCCCUGGAGCAACCCGAACUGGUGGAGUCUCUUUCAUUGCAGGGAUCUUACGCUGGAAAAAUCCAUUCCAUUGGUGAUGCCUUCAGAAAUUUUAAAAGUCUCCGAUCCUUAGAUUUAUCAAGAAAUUUGAUCACUAGCCUGAAGGGCAUCCAGUAUUUAUGUUCACUCCAAGAUCUGAAUUUAUAUUAUAACAACAUUCCUUCAUUAGUGGAGGUGUCCCGCCUACAGCCUUUACCCUUCCUCAAAGAACUAGAUUUGAGACUCAAUCCUGUUGUCAGGAAAGAUACAGAUUAUAGGCUCUUUGCUGUGUACACGCUACAAACUCUGGAGAAACUGGAUGACCGAGCCGUACGAGAAAGUGAGAGAAAGGCUGCCAAGCUGCAUUUUAGUCAGUUGGGUAACAAUGAAAAUUUUCUUUUAGAGGUGGAAAAAAGCUCUAGGGAGAAGACAGUGAAAAACUGUGUAGCAAAUGAGAGCACUGCAUCAAAAGUCAGCACUGAUGUUGAUAACAGGAUUGAAACUGGCUCAAACAAAGGACUUUUUAUUCCCUUCCCUAACUGGGAAAUAAAGGAUUCCCCAACAAGUACUUCUGUAACCCAGGGCAAUGGUAUACCAGAUCAGAAAUUAGACACUUUGCCACUGGGGACACAGAUGCAGGAAGUGGCAAGAAGGGAGAUGCCAAGUGAGAAUCACCAGGAAGAUGAAUUCAGACGCUACUCGCCUCAUCAAUCCACAGGUCGAACCCCAGAGAAGAUGGCUAGAGAAGGGUACCGAAUAUCUUUUUUGGACAAGUCUUCAGGUUCUUCUCCAGAAAAGGAUUUGAUACCAAAACCUGAUACUUAUCAGCUUACCCAUGACGCCUCAUUGGGUAAACGCCUGGAUGUGGGUGAUUCUAGACAGAUUCAUCCCUAUCAGUUACCUUCAGGUGCUGGUCUAGAAAAUUGUGAUAGUCAUUAUUCUCAAAAUCCAUCCCUGCAUGGAAGUCUUGGUAAAAGGCCUCAGAGAAGCAGGAACUACCAAGAAUAUAGCACAAAACCUUCAAAUAACAUGAAGGCCACCACAUCCCCUUCCUGCGGAGACUUACUGACUUCUCUGUCAAACCCUGACUCCAGCACUGGAAGGCUUUUGAAGCUUAGUUCAGAUCUGUAUGCCACAACCCAUUUCAACAGCGACCCUGCUCUGCUGGUGAAUGUGGAGCAAAAAUUAUCCACCAGCCUCGGCAAUUUAACACUAGCACAUGGUUCUUUCCCAAACAACACCAUCCUGGGAGACUCUCUGAGGACACUGCUGUUGCCUACUGGGACUUCAGAAAACAGAGAGAGUUUGACCAAGGGGUCAUUAAGCCCAUCGAGAAGAGGAUUCAAACGGAAAGAAAAUAUCGUUGACACCCUGAAUCCAAAACAUGGUUUCAGAGAUGCUACAGGCAGCAAGCCUCUCUCUAGUGACCUGGGCAGUUUGCAUGGUUUGCCAGGAAACCACAGUCCCCCGAUCUCUGCCAGAACAUCCCAUGUGGCCACUGUCCUCAGACAGCUCCUGGAGCUUGUGGAUAAGCACUGGAACGGUUCCGGCUCCCUCCUCCUCAACAAGAAGUUUCUGGGUCCUGCCCGAGAUCUGCUUCUGACUUUGGUAGUCCCUGCUCCUUCUCAGCAGUGGUGUCGCUCACAUCUUGAAGAUACAUCAAAAGCCUUCCACAAGAGGGAGAUGGAACUGAAGGAGACGGGGCAGCUGGUCCCUAAUGACAUGGAAAGUUUGAAGCAAAAACUGGUCAGAGUGCUGGAGGAAAACCUCAUUUUGUCAGAAAAAAUCCAGCAAUUGGAGGAAGGUGCUACCACCUCGAUUGUGAGUGGGCACCAGUCCCACAAUUUUGAUGAUCUUCUGCGCAAAAACCAACAGCUGAACAUGCAGGUGGCUUGCCUGAACCAGGAGCUUGCCCAGCUGAAAAAGCUGGAGGAGACAGUGGCCCUUCUCCACGAAAGUCAGAGAUCCCUGGUGGUAACUAAUGAGUAUCUGCUGCAGCAGCUGACUAAAGAGCAAAAAGGUUAUUCUGGGAAAGCACUCCUGCCUCCUGAGAAGAGUUAUCAUUUGGGGAGAUCAUCGCCCUUUGGGAAAAACACGCUGUCUUCCUCCUCACCAGUGGCACAUGAUACGGGUCAGUAUCUAAUACAGAGUGUUUCAGACUCUCUCCCAGAGCCUAGUCUAUGGAGCUAGCACUGCACACCUUUUUUGCAGCUUCCCUCUCAGCCCCAGGGGGCUCUCAGUGUCAUUGCCACUAGUAUGGUGGUAUUCACUCACAAGAUUAAGAAAAAAAUCUUAUUUUAAUUAGACUAUAUUGGUCCUUUUUAUUUCUUUUUAUCUCCUCCCAUCAAGUCGUUCUUUCCUUCUGCCCACAUAAAUAGUUGGCACUUAGUCCUAGGCAUCAUAUCACAUAGAAACGUUUGGCAGAAAAUGUCAAAAAGAAAAAAACACUAGACAUUUUUCCCAAGUGUCAGUUGAAACUGUGUGGUAGGAAGUUUAAAAAGCACAUCCAUGGCCAGGUAUGUUUUGUGUUAGAAAUUUUGGAGAACCUCUAUUGAUCAGUUCAUCAAACGUGUUUUGAGUUUUCUCCCACCACAGUGAAAAGGUGACAAGGUCCGGGGUCUUCCUGGAGCAGCCAACAGUUUAGUUGUGUGAUGGAGCUCAAAGCUUGACAUUGGUACCAAACAGGCCUAAAUAAAAGCCUAGA